AUGGAUACCUGGCCACCUCUCAAGGGUACCUGGCCACCUCUCAAGGGUACCUGGCCACCUCAGGGUACCUGGCCACCUCUCAAGGGUGCCGGCCACCUCUCAAGGUGCCAGCCACCUCUCAGGUACCUGGCCACCUCUCAAGGGUACCUGGCCACCUCUCAAGGGGUACCUGCCACCUCUCAAGGGUACCCGCCACCUCAGGGUACCUGGCCUCUCAAGGGUGCCUGGCCACCUCUCAGGGCUGGCCAUCUGACCAAGGGUGCCACCUCCAAGGGUACCUGGCCUCUCAAGGGCACCUGGCCCACCUCUCAGGGUGCCUGGCCACCUCUCAGGGUGCCUGGCCACCUCUCAAGGGUGCCCGCUGCACCUCUCAAGGGCACCUGGCCACCUCUCAAGGGUGCCUCUGACAGGGCCCUGGCACCCUUCAGGGUACCUGGCCACCUCUCAGGGCACCUGGCCACCUCUCAAGGGUGCCUGGCCACCUCUCAAGGGGUGCCUGGCCACCUCUCAGGGUGUGGCCACCUCAAAGUGCCUGGCCACCCCUCUCAAGGGUACCUGGCCACCUCUCCAAAGUGCCUGGCCACCUCUCUCAAGGGCGUACCGGCCACCUCUCAAGGGUGCCUGGCCACCUCUCAAGUGCCUGGUACCCUCUCAAGGGGCCUGCACCUCUCAGGGUGCUGGCCUCUCAAGGUGCCUGGCCACCUCUCAAGGGUGCCUGGCCUCUCAAGGGGUGCCUGGCCACCUCUCAAGGGUACCUGGCCACCUCUCAAGGGUACCUGGCCACCUCUCAAGGGUACCUGGCCACCUCUCAAGGGCUCAGCACCACCAGGAGGCUCUCCCUCCGCAGGGUUCUCCUGGUCUCUCACCUCAGGGCUCUCCUCAGGCUCCUCAGGGCUCACCUCAGGGUCACCUCAGGACUCUCCUUGGGAGCUCACCUCAGGGUCACCUCAGGGGCUCACCUCAGGGCUCUCCUCAGGAGCUCACCUCAGGGUUCACCUCAGGGCUCACCUCAGGGGGCUCUCCUCAGGGGCUCCUCCCGGGGCUCCUGCAGGCUCACCUCAGGGCUCACCUCAGGGCUACCUCAGGGGCUCACCUCGGGAGCUCACCUCAGGAGCUCCUCAGGGCUCACCUCAGGGCUCACCUCAGGGGCUCACCUCAGGGGAGCUCACCUCGGGCUCUCCUCAGGGCUCACCUCAGGGCUCACCUCAGGGGGUUCACCUCCAGGGCUCACCUCAGGGUUCACCUCCAGGGCUCCUCAGGGUCACCUCAGGGCUCACCUCAGGUCUCUCUCAGGGGCUCACCUCAGGGCUCUCCUCAGGGGCUCACCUCAGGGCUCUCCUCAGGGCUCACCUCAGGGGUUCACCUCAGGGCUCUCCUCAGGAGUUCACCUCAGGGGCUCACCUCAGGGCUCACCUCUGGGGCUCUCCUCAGGGCUCACCUCAGGGCUCACCUCCAGGGCUCUCCUCAGGAGCUCAUCAGGAGCUCUCCUCCAGGGCUCACCUCCAGGGGCUCCACCUCAGGGCUCACCUCAGGGCUCACCUCAGGAGCUCACUCAGGGGCUCACCUCAGGGGCUCACCUCAGGGCUCACCUCAGGGCUCACCUCAGGGCUCUCCCUCAGGGCUCACCUCAGGAGCUCACCUCAGGAGCUCACCUCAGGGCUCACCUCAGGGCUCACCUCAGGGGCUUUCCCUCAGGGCUCACCUCAGGGGCUCACCUCAGGGCUCACCUCAGGGCUCACCUGGGGGCUCUCCUCAGGGUCACCUCAGGGCUCACCUCAGGGCUCACCUCAGGGCUCACCUCAGGGCAUCAUACUCCUACACCUCUAG